UCUGUACUGGAGAAUGUGAAUAUCUCAUCUCAUCAAAUCUAUAACUUAGUGGGAGCCAUCAAUCCUUCAUUUCCUUACAUUUUUGGGCUCAGCCAUUAGGGUUUCGACGACUAUGAACAAAACGCUGCGUUUGAGCUCCUGAAUCUGAGCUACAUCUCAACAGUCAACAAUGCCGAGGCACCACAACAGCGACAUGGACCUGAUGAUGAUCCCGGGGAAGAUCAGGAAGCGUGGAUGCUCGUCCUCGGCGUCUUCGUCGUCGUCGAUCAUCCAGAACUACAGAUUCAAGCGUGCGAUUCUGGUCGGGAAGAGAGGCGGAUCCAGCACGCCGGUGCCGACGUGGAAGCUCACGAGCUCCAGGUCUCCGGCGAACGCAUUGCGCGGGGGGAUGGAGUCGCCGAAGUAUGCGGCGGCGUCGCAGAGCAACGGCGGCGGAGUUGGGAAGGGGAAGCAGUCGCCGAGGCCGCCGGUGUCGGCGAGGAAGCUGGCGGCGACGUUGUGGGAGAUGAACGAGGUGCCGUCGCCGAGAGUGAAGGAGGAGGAGGCGGAUGAGAGGAGGAUGAGGAAGGAGAUUAGGGCUAGAGAGAAGGAAAGGGUUGCUAGGUCUAUGCGAUCGGGUUCUCUGCCUCCUCAUCUCUCCGAUCCGUCUCACAGUCCUGUAUCAGAGAGGAUGGAUCGAUCUGGAACAGGUAGCUUCCACAGAAGGACAUCCUCUAUUUCACAGAGGCUCAGGCUUACAGAUCAACAUUCUGGAAUAUUGGAUCCUCAUGGAAAUGGCAGCUUAAUGGAGGUUGAGACACGACUGAGAGCCCAUACACCAACACGAUCGAGAGCACAAACUCCUAGUGCUUCAAUUGUUGGAAUCAAACCACGUUUGAAGGACGUUAGUAAUGCUCUGACCACGUCCAAAGAGCUGCUGAAAAUUAUUCACCGUAUUUGGGGUAAUGAAGAUCAGCCUUCAUCUAGCAUGGCUCUUAUCUCAGCUUUACAUACUGAGCUUGAGAGGGCUCGUUUGCUGGUGAAUCAACAUAUCCAUGAUCAGCGCUCAGAGCAGAAUGAGAUAGGCUACCUCAUGAAGUGUUUUGCUGAAGAAAAGGCAGCUUGGAAAAGCAAGGAACACAAAGUUGUAGAGGCUGCCAUUGAGUCUGUUGCAGGAGAACUUGAGGUAGAGAGAAAACUGAGAAGGAGGCUUGAAAGCUUGAACAAGAAACUUGGGAAGGAGUUGGCGGAGACAAAAGCAUCUCUUGUCAGUGCGGUGAAAGAACUUGAGAGUGAGAAGAGAACGAGAGAGAUAAUGGAACAAGUGUGUGAUGAAUUAGCCAGGGAUAUUAAUGAAGAUAAAGUUGAAGCAGAGGAAUUUAAGUGGGAGACUGCAAAGGUUCAUGAAGAGGUCGAAAAGGAAAGGGAGAUGAUGCAGUUCUCUGAUGUAAUCCGUGAGGGGAGGGCUCAAGAGAAACUCUCAGAGGCUAAAUAUCAGCUCGAGGAGAAGAAUGCUGCUGUUGAUAUGUUGAGGAGUCAGCUUGAAGCCUUUAUGGGAAGUAAGAGAACCAAAGAAAAAGGGCGCGGUUCUGCUCAUCUGGUCGAUGAAGAUAUUGCUGCCUAUCUAAGUAGAACUCGUCUUGGUUCCCAUCAGGAUGAGGGAAAAGACGAGGAUGAAGGAGUGGUUGAAGAUGGGGUAGAAUGCGAAGAGGACUCUGCUGAAAGUGAUUUGCAUUCCAUAGAAUUAAGUAUGGGCAACAACAACAACAAAAGUUAUAAUUGGAGUCAUGCUUCUGUAGCUGCUCGGGAUCAAAGAUGGGUUCCACAUGAUGAUGAAGAAAUCAAGGGUAGGAAGUCCGUGUCAGGCAAGCCACCAAGAAAGAGCACCUCUUUGCAAAGGAGCAUAUCAGAUGGAUUGGAAUGGGGCAUGCAGACUGAAAGGCUUCAAAGUUCAGGAGAUGGAGUUGAUUGGGACAGCUUUCCUGAUCUGGAGAGGCAAAUCCAAGGAAAAGGUUGUGGAGACGAAACGCAAGGCUAUAAGUCAUCGAAGGGUCUUAGGGACCAAAUGUUGUCUGGUUCUAGGUUUGGAUCUGCUAGAGUUCAUGCUAGUCCAACACGGCAGUGGGGACAGCCAUGGCCUUCACGUGAUCCUACGGGUAUAGUUCAUGAUAGGCCUCCCUCUGUGCAUGGAAGUGGUUCUAAGUCGAGGCUAGCUGAACUAAGAGGUGAAGGCCAGAAUGGCAGAAGGUCUAAACGGUGAAAAAUUCUAUGUUCCAUCAAUGCCUGAUAACAAUGACAUCCUUUGUCUUUCCAAAACAGGUGAUGAAUAUAAAGCUCGUUAGGAAAACUAUUUUGAAUGAUGGAAGACAUAUUUUGGUCUGUUGAUGCACUUUGCUUGUGAUCUUUAGGAGCUGCUAAUUUGCUGCUCAUUUUGUGCUAGACUACCCUGACUUCAACAAUGCUUGAGUUGUAGAUUUUUGGGAAAACCUGUGAUAAUGCUGUGAGUUUGUCUUGUACAAAUAACUUCUAAUAUUUGUGAUUUUUACUGGCAGUAAUUAUGUAUAUUUGUCAUUCAAUUUUAACGUUUUACUU